AUGUGCUACAGCGAAUAUGUGGCGCUGAGCCUGUUCGAGGGCUACUAUUUGCAUCAGUUCGAUCGCUUCUGCGCUUACGCUGCAGACUGUGAGCAACGUGGGCUCCAGAACCAGUGCCUAUCGAUGGAUGAACUGGACGCUCAAGUACUGGCCACAUUUGUUGCCAAAAUUAACACGAACGGGUACAAGAAAUCCGAUGUCAAGUAUUCUCGGUAA